AUGUCGCCUGAUGGUGUCAGGGAAGGACCGCCACCACUGCAAGACAAAAGCGCGGCGAUCACCAUUGUAGGAGCAGGCGUGUUUGGACUCAGCACCGCGAUCCAUCUCGCCCAACGAGGCUAUACGAACAUCACAAUCUUCGACAAGCAGCCGUACCACGAAACCCAGUAUUCGUACUUCAAGGGAUGCGAUGCGGCCUCCGCGGACAUGAACAAGAUCUUUCGCUCAGCGUACGGAUCUCAGACGGAAUAUCAGUCCUUGUCCAUCGAAGCCUUGGACGCCUGGCGUCGAUGGAAUGCCGAGAUCGCCUCUGGUGACGACCUGCCGCCGGGGAUGACCCAAAACGACAAGGUGCUCAUCAACAACGGCAAUUUGAGCAUGACGGACAAGUCAACUCUUCCGCCGUUUGAGAUGGCCACAGUCCGAAACAUGCACGAAGCCGGGCAUCCUGACACACAACUGAUCACAUACGACCAAAGACACGUCCAGAUCGCCCAUAAACGGAGCUUCGACUUCGCCAUUGAUCCGUUCAACCGGAAACAACGUGGGCAGAACUACCUAGGAGUUCUUGACACGAUGGGCGGCACGAUUUUGGCCGACAAGGCUUGCUCGUUUGCUCUACACAAAGCACUCCGGUUGGGCGUGGGGACCGUUUUCGGGCCAGAAUCGGGGACAUUUGCCUCGUUCAUCUGGGCUGCUAAGGGGACGGGAACGGGAACGAGAAGGGCGCAUGGAGACAUCGUUGUCGGCAUCCGCACGCUCGACGGGAAGUCUCACCACAGCACCCGCACCAUCAUGGCCUGCGGCGGAUGGACGCCGGCGCUGCUUCCCUCGCUGGACUCGGUCUGCGAAACCACGGCGGGCACGGUCGUCAUGUUAAAACUGCCCGCGGACCUCGCUGCUGCGCGGCGCUAUUCGGCCGACAAGUUCCCCUCUUGGACGUACAAGAUGCGCGACGGCGCCGAGGGCGGCCUCUACGGCUUUCCUGCCACCGACGAAGGGUACAUGAAGAUCGGGUAUCGGGGCACCAAAUACACAAACCCGCAGGUGCAAAGGGACGGCUGUGAGCGCAGCGUCCCCAUCACCCGGUACAACAGUCGGCCCCGUACCGAGAGGUCUGCUGUCACCACCAAUGACCAGAACAUCCCCCCAGAGUCUGCUGCUGUCACCAUCACCAAUAACCAGGACCAGAUGAUCCCCAUGCAGGCCUUGCGCGUGAUAAACAGGUUCAUCGCCGACUUUCUUCCCGAGCUGCUGCCCGCCACCAACGGCGGAGUCGAGAAGGCCGACAUCGACGUGAUGACUCGGCUGUGCUGGUACACGGAUUCCUGGGACAACCACUUCGUCAUCGACCACGUGCCAAACCACGAGAACGUACUCGUCGCCACCGCCGGCAGCGGCCAUGCCUUCAAGUUCCUGCCGAACAUCGGUUCUUGGAUUGCCGAUAUUCUGGAGGGCAAGGGCCUCGAGAGGCCGUUGGUCAGAAGUUGGCGCUGGCGCACACGUUGGGACAUCACGCAGGACAAAGUCACCAACGAGCUCAUGGAAGGCAGCGCCGGUCGCAGAGCAUUGGCGAGGACGCAAAUGUCGUCGACGAAGCCGCGGCUGGGACAGGUACUACAGACUGCGAAGCUCUGA